CCGAAUCGCCAAGAAUUCUGAAACCGAACACAUUCGAACCAUAAUUGACCUGAAAGAAAGAAAUUUAAGAAAAAAACGAGGAAAUGGCAACGUUGUUUAGGAUGAUGCGCUCAUUCACCAACUGUUCAUUGCUCAAAAUGUCGACCAAUGCCAACCACUUAUCGGUCAACGAGCUCAACGAAAUCCAAAAAUCAAUCGACACAUUGAUUUCAUCCAAUAAAGUACUCAUCUUCAGCAAAUCUUAUUGUCCUUAUUGCGACCGAUCUAAGAGCUUCUUGAAUGAUAAACUCAAAUCAAAACAAAUCAAAAUCAAAAGUUUGGAAUUGGAUUUAGAGCCCAAUGGAUCGAUCAUCCAGACCCUAUUAUCCAAGAGAUUAAACAAAGAGAAGAUCACAGUCCCACAAAUCUUCAUCAACUCGCAACACAUCGGUGGUUGUGACGACUUAUUGACAAAAGAACAGAAGGGAGAAUUAGAUCAAUUGCUAUGAAUCAAUUGUUUUACACUCACUCUCACAAAUGUACAUCCGAGAAAUACCGACAUAGUUUGUUGCCUAAGUAGAAAGAUACUACCGCAGGUUGAAGGAGAAAAAUUCACUGAUUUGGAUGCAUAAUGGGAUGGAAAGCGGGUUUUAUUAUGAGAACCAGAACUAUAGAAGAAAAAACAAGUCAGAAA